AUCAAAAAUCAUGUGAUUUUCUAAUAAACAAGACGGAAUAAAUAAAUAAAUGAAGUGCUUUGUGAUUCGUGCAUUUCGUCUCGUCAAUGAUGGAAUUGCGACAAUUUAACAACGACACAGCGCGUUGUUUAGUUAUGUAUAUUUUUGAUCUGUCAUUUAGAUACAAACAAUUUCUGUAUUUAUUUUAUUUAUGACAAGAUUAUUUCGAAUUUGCAAAACAAUGUGACUGCGUUGCUGAUUACGCUUUGUCACAUGGGAAAUGCAGACAAAACGCGCGCGCGACAGAGAGUGUGUACAAUCAAAUCUCUCAAAUAAAUUUCUGAUAAGAUUCAAUACCAUUCGUUUUAAUGUGCCGAUUACAAGCACAAAAACAACUCAAUAUAGUAGUAGAUAGGGUGGAUCAAGGUAAAAAUAGAAACCAAGCUAUUUAAAUGCCAGAGAUUGAACGCAAUUGUCGUAUUGUGCUCUUCUACUUUCGACCCAUUGUCAACUUGGUCGACAUUCAGAUCAAAAUAUUCGACACUUUAAAUCCAAGCAAUUGUGUGUGUUUUCCUUUGAAAAGCGAGCGUGUUUCAUUGAAGCAGAAUCAUUGUGUCAUUGGUCAGUGGAAUUUUCGUGUUUGAUUCGAUAGUUAAGUUAAUCUUGCCCCCAAAUAAGCAAGUAAAAUGGAAAAAUACGACGAGGACGAAGCACACGAAGGAGAAGAAGAAGAUGAAGUGCAUGCGAUAACAUACAGUUGCAUAAUGGCACCAAAUCGCUGCACGAAACGAUUUCUGCACCUCAGUGACACAUUCAUUGCGCUGGUCAUCGUAACACCGUUGGUUGUGGGCCACUGGUAUGGCACGUGGGAGUUUAUGAACAAUCAUGCUGAAUAUUUUCCACCCAUACCCACCAUUCUAUUCGGCACUUGCUAUCAUCUGCUCAUUGUUCUGUCACGCCAUCAUGUUCACGAAAAAGUCAAAACACCACAUCUACGGGACAGAACGCUCAUGCAGAAGGUUGGCCGAUACAUUUUCACCAAAUUGUUCAUUUACGUGUUCAGCAUCGCCUGCAUCAUGGCGUUUCGAGCGAUUUUUGUACUUUGUGAACCAUACGACAACGGUGUUAGUCGCGCCAUACUGCUGAUGAUUUUGUCUGGUACGGCACUUGCGUGCCUAAAGUCCGUGCGAAAUAUCAUUGCACCGCCGGUGGCAAUUGCAACUGACUGUAAAAGCGUUUCGUUUGCCUUUCCAACACGUUUUAAAUCACACGCAUCAAACGAGCCAGGAUUUUAUUUCAUUGAUUGUGCAUUUUCGGUGAUAGUCAUCGGUACAUUGGUGGUAUUGGUGUGGAGAAGUUUGUGGGUUCUCUUUGAUUUGCUCAUUUUCCCAGGCGAGCCAAUUUUAUCGGCUUAUUAUUCAGUGGCUAUCGGCUAUGGCAUCGUAGCAAUCACAUUCGCUCUACAGCCACUGAUGAAAUGGUCGUGCGAUCGUUUGACUGGAUUUUGGCGAGUUGCCGUUUGCGAUGCAUUCUUAUUUUUCAGCUUUGUCGGUACGGUGAAUGUGUGGCGAGGCAUAUGGGAAUUAUUAGAUCUACUCUUUUUGCCAGAUGAUCCUUUGCUCUCCAACAUCUUAACCCAUAGCGUCUCAUUUGUUCUGUUGGCAAUGUUAAAUUGUUCAAAUUCAGUGCUUGUGCGUGGUGUAUUCAUCGAUGCUGAAGAGCCAGCCGGUCAGUGUGUAAUAUUUCCUGUGCAUUAUAUUCGGUUGUUUGUACAAAAAGAGCGCACAAAAAAACAACGCCGAAUGAUUGACAUGCUCGAAAAAGGUGAACUACAAACGGAACUGUUGGAAAAAUCCGAAAAGAAUACGAUACAAAUUGUGAAAGGCCUAUCAAAAUCGAAUGAAAUGACAAAUAUGGCCGCAAAUUUGCCGAAAAAUGUGCCGAAUAUCGAGAAUGGCUCGGAAAAACCGUGUCAACUGUACGAAAAUGGUUUGGACAAGGAGAAUCAUCUAUAUGAAAAUGGUGUUGAAAAUGGUGAACAUAAAAUUGGCCAAUAGUUUUCGAUUUUUCCGAUCACAUUCAAUGAUAAUGUGAUAACAGUGUGUCUUUCCUAGGCAAUUGAAUAGUAGAAUAUUAUAGAUUGCCGGCUGCUAAUUCCAUGUGAUGUUUCCAAUUUAAAGAGAAAAAAAAACGUUGUGAUAUCUGAUUGUUUGAUUGAUCGCUCUACGAUAAGUUUUAAAAAAAUGAAGACUAAAAAAAAGUUUACGAAAAAAAAUAAUCAAAUAAAUCAUCAAAUUUUAGUACUUAACAAGCAAUUGGAUUACAUUGUUGCUAUCGAAACGACAAUGAUUUACGCGGAGAAGUCGACACUUCUCGAAUAUUUCGAGAAUAAAAGACGAAGAUGAAGGUUGUUUAAAUGCAUUACAACGAAAAACAUAUUGUAGGCUUGUUUAUAAUAAAAAAAAAAUUAGCUAGUCAGUGAGUCUUUUUUCAAAUUAAAAUCCUUUCUGCUCAAGCUGAAUGAUGAAAAAAAAACUAGCAUCCAACACAUUCUAUAUUGUAAAUAUAAGACCAACACAAUUAAUGAACACUGAAUUUUUUCACAGCUACUAUAUAUAUUUAUGGUUUAGUUUUAAGAUUUCCUAUGGUUGGAUGAAAGUGGCAACAUUCAUUCACAUUGUGAAUUUUACAAUCUAUAGAAAGUGCUAGCAAAAAACGCUAAAUUCCUUCAAAACUAUGCAUUUAUUAAUGAAUCAAAAUCUUUUACAAUUUAAAAGAAAACAAUAGCUCUAUAUUUCAUGUAGUGCUAAAUAAAACUACUUUGUAUCAUAAUCUGCAGAAUAAAAAAAAAAUUCUUUCCAAUAUGUAAAUAUUUCUUCUAAUCAUGCAUUUUGCGCUGAAGAACACUUAUUAUAAUUCAAUGCGAACCGAAGUGCCAUUCUGUUGUUUCGAUCACGAAAUGAAACAUAUAUUGUCCAAAGCCAAUAAAUGAUAAGGUCAAAAUGUCAUUGAUUGCUAAUUAAGCCAACGAAGUUUAACUAUUUAAGCCUAAGCAAUUCUAAAUGCUAAACGAAACGAACAAAAAAAAAUUGUAAAUGAACGCAUAUCAAACUAUAAGCAUGUUGUGAAUAAAAAAAAGCAUUAUUUUUCUUA